CGCCACUAACUGCGCAUGCGUAAAUGUGAUCAAAACACCGAAUGAAGAAGGGUGACCGUAUGAGGAUAUUUAAAUAAAACAAUGCCUUAUCGAGCGCGCGGUGGCUUCAGUUUAAUCUCAGUGUGACAGCUCGGUGAGGGAUUAGAGAAUGGACGUUACCUUGUCAGCCUCCGGUGGGACAGCAGAGGCCAUGGAGGGGAUCUGCGUAAUGCCCGAUUUGAGUGUCAUCAAGACCGAGCAGUCGAUGGGCGUGAGCCCAGAUGACACGGGCACCCAAAAUGUGGCCAUGGGCAUCAAGUUCAUCCUGCCCAACCGCUUCGACAUGAACGUUUGCUCGAGAUUUGUCAAGUCGCUGAACGAGGAGGACAGCAAGAACAUCCAGGACCAGGUCAACUCCGAUCUGGAGGUGGCCUCUGUGUUAUUCAAAGCUGAGUGCAACAUCCAGACGUCCCCCUCCCCGGGUAUACAGGUGCGCCACGUCUACACGCCAUCCACCACCAAGCAUUUCUCCCCCAUCAAACAGUCCACCACACUCACAAAUAAACACCGCGGCAAUGAGGUAUCAUCCACGCCUCUGUUGGUGCAUUCUUUGUCCAUUCAUCAGCUUGCAGCCCAGGGGGAAAUGGUGUUUCUGGCCAGCAGGAUUGAACAGGAGACUGUAAUCAACCUCCAAGAUGAGGAAGGCUUCACCCCCCUGAUGUGGGCAGCCGCACACGGACAAAUCGCCGUCGUUGAGUUUCUCCUCCAAAAUGCUUCUGACCCAAACGUCCUGGCCAAAGGGAGGGAGAGUGCUUUGUCCUUGGCCUGCAGUAAGGGAUACACCGACAUUGUGAAGAUGCUCAUCGACUGCGGUGUUGACGUCAAUGAAUACGACUGGAAUGGAGGAGCCCCUCUGCUCUACGCCGUCCAUGGGAACCAUGUGCGCUGUGUGGAAAUCUUGUUAGAGAGUGGUGCUGAUCCGACCAUUGAGUCAGACUCUGGAUUCAAUGCGAUGGACAUGGCCGUAGCGAUGGGUCACCGGAAUGUUCAACAGGUGAUGGAGGCACACCUGCUGAAGUUACUGAUGGGAAUCAGAGAGUGAACUGUGACACAAGUGACGGCUCUGGACAAUCACGUAGCGCGGCCGGGCUGUGGGCCGGCACUGAUACUCUGUUCCCUCUGAGUGAUGUUUCAGGUCAACAUGAUUCUGUUGGCGUGCCGCACAUGAAGGUUUGUGCGGUGAACCCACUUUCUAACCGUUUUACUUUUCUUUCCACGUUGAAUGUGGAGUAGCAAAUCUGAUCCAGAUACAACCCAGCAUGCACUGCUCUCUCUGUAGUAUGCUGCAUCACGUGGAGUGCAGUGUAGGAUUGAUUUUGCGUUAAAGCAUGGAGGUUUUAAUAUUGUACAUGUUCCAUCCUUUUACCGCCAUGUCAGCGGUUUAUUUUUUAAACUAACUUAUUCGCCAUAAAAAGAAGGCAUUUUUAAAAGAAUACCAAUGUAAUAUGUUGAAUGGCCUCAUGUUCACACCGUGUGGUUUUCAUAGUGAGCUCGUUCUGCUCUCAUGACUCAGUGGGUGGAUUGAAAAUAGGUUUUUACAGUGUGCUUUUAUGACGCUGCCAAGCUGUUUGUCGUACCGACGUUAUUUAUUUGAGAACCGUAGUCAGUGUUGUAAUGUGACUAAAGUAUAUUGAUGUGAAGACUGUUUGGUUUCUGUGUGUUGUGAUACUAAUGUUUACCGACGUGUUGUGCUUUCUGAAAUAACCUCACACCUCAUUAAAGCAUCCAACAGGG